AUAAGUAUUUGACCCUUCAAAGUUCCCAUUUUUAAUUUUGUUUCUCUCCCUCUCUCUCUCUCUCUCUCUCUCUCUCUCUCUCGUCGAUCCAAAUUGAAUAUAAAAAUCCCACAAGUCCAAUGCGUUCUUAGCGAUCUCCGAUCCAAGUCCCCCUCCUCGUUGGGGUCGGCCAUUCCCAGUUCCAAUUCCGAUCCAAAUCGAUCGAAAAAUCGGAGGAAAUCCGAGUAAAAAUGGCGAAGGAGGAGGCGGCGGCGGAGGUGUUCGUUGGGUCGCUCGAUCAGGGGACGACGAGCACGCGGUUCAUCAUCUACGAUCGCAAUGCGAAGCCCAUCGCCUCGCACCAAGUGGAGUUCACCCAAUUUUAUCCUGAAGCAGGAUGGGUGGAGCACGAUCCUAUGGAGAUCAUGGAGAGCGUGCGUGUGUGCAUGGCGAAGGCGAUCGACAAGGCCACGGCUGACGGCUACAAUGUCGACGCUGGCUUGAAGGCUGUCGGGCUCACCAAUCAGCGGGAGACGACCGUCGCGUGGAGCAAAUCCACCGGCCGCCCCCUCUACAACGCCAUCGUGUGGAUGGAUGUGCGCACCAGCUCCAUUUGCAGGAGGUUGGAGAAGGAGCUCUCGGGCGGAAGAAACCAUUUUGUCGACGUGUGCGGUUUGCCGAUUAGUACUUACUUUAGUGCUGUGAAGAUACUGUGGUUGAUGAAGAACGUCGACGCUGUUAAGUCGGCGGUUGCUGCCGGGGACGCCCUCUUUGGCACGGUCGACACGUGGAUGAUUUGGAACUUGACGGGCGGGCUCCAUGUCACCGACUGCUCCAACGCGUCGCGCACCAUGCUUAUGAACAUCAAGACCCUGGAUUGGGACAAGCCCACGUUGGAGACUUUGGGGAUUCCUAUUGAGAUCUUGCCGAAGAUCAUAAGCAAUUCCGAGCUCGUUGGUGCGAUCGCAAAAGGGUGGCCGCUCGCGGGGAUCCCCAUCUCGGGUUGCCUCGGCGACCAGCAUGCGGCCAUGCUGGGGCAAUUGUGCCGAAAGGGCGAGGCCAAGAGCACUUACGGGACCGGCGCCUUCAUACUACUUAACACCGGCGAAGAGAUCGUUCGCUCAUCUCACGGGCUCUUAACCACGAUCGCAUACAAGUUGGGCCCGAGUGCCCCCACCAACUAUGCGAUCGAAGGCUCCAUAGCGAUCGCCGGCGCGGCGGUUCAGUGGUUGAGGGAUGGGCUAGGUUUGAUUAGGUCGGCGGGCGAGAUAGAAGAGCUGGCAGAGUCGGUGGAGAAUUCGGGCGGGGUGUACUUCGUGCCGGCGUUCAACGGUUUGUUCGCGCCGUGGUGGAGGGACGACGCAAGAGGGGUUUGUAUCGGGAUCACGAGGUUCACGAACAAGGGCCACAUUGCGAGGGCGGUGUUGGAGAGCAUGUGUUUUCAGGUGAACGACGUGUUGAAUUCGAUGCAUAAGGAUGUCGACGAGGGAGAGGGGGAGUUCUUGCUUAGGGUUGAUGGCGGCGCUACCGUGAACAACCUUCUCAUGCAGAUUCAGGCUGAUUUGUUGGGUAGUCCGGUGGUUAGACCGGCCGAUACCGAGACGACCGCACUCGGAGCAGCAUACGCAGCGGGAUUAGCUAUCGGGCUGUGGACCGAGGAGCAAAUAUUCGCAGGCGAGCACAAGGAGAAGACCACUAUCUUCCGCCCGAAGCUGGACGAGGCCGAGCGGAAGCAGAGGUCCGAGUGUUGGUUCAAAGCCGUGUCGAGGACCUUCGAUUUAGCCGAUUUGUCGCUUUAGUUCUAAUUCCCCUUUAACUCCAGUAACUCCAUUUCUCAUUCUGAAUAAGUGAUAUGUGAACUCCUGCAGUGGUUGGACUGGGUUUUGUUGUGCUGUGGUGGUGUUGAUAGGAAUGAAAUUGGAUCAUUCGGCGACUUUUAAUCUUCUGUUGAUACUCGAAUGUUAUCGUACUUGUAGUUCUUAGUUUCUUUAAAAAGUUGUGGAGAUGCAUCAUAAUUCCUUUAUUAAAAUUUGGUCUGAUAUGUUCUGAUUUGAAA